CCACUCUUUGGGACCAUCUUCAACAUGGUUUACUUUGUCGCUAAGGCGGUGGAGGAGCGUCGUCAGGUGAGCGGCGGCCGAUGGGUGACCGGUGAUCAGUUGGUCCAGUCGGACGGAGGCUUUGACUACCAGGGCUUCAACCAGGUGUUGUACGGCGGCAGAGAUGGCCACGGGAUGCAGGCUGGCUAUGUGGUGCUGGACUGCGACAGCGACAAACUCGUGCCCACGCACACGCUCGCUCCAACGCACACCAUCGGGUCGGUUGGAAGUCUGAAGCCGCUGAAGCGCUCCUUCAGCUUCCCGGGAGGGAAACCGCCGAGCGCCAGCUUCUGUUGGUUCAAUCCAGAUGAGGCUUGCACAG